AUGAAACUAAAGGCAAGGGAAGGAGAUCCUUUGUCAGAUCCUAGCCAUUAUAGAAAGUUGAUUGAGAAAUUUAAUUUUUUAACUAACACUAGAUUGGAUAUAGCUUUUAGUGUUCAGCACCUGAGCCAGUUUAUGCAGGAUCCAACAAAAUCAUAUUUAAAGGCAACCUAUCACCUGUUGAGAUACUUGAAGGCUGAUCCUAGCCUAGGAAUUUUCUUUUCCAAAGAUGUUGACUACAUGGUAAAAGCAUACUGUGACUCUGAUUGGGCAUCCUGCCCAGACUUCAGGAAAUUAGUCACUAGGUGCAUUGUCCUGCUGGGAAAUAACCCUAUCAGCUGGAAAUCAAAAAAGCAGGAAAUCAUUUCUUCGUCAUCAACAGAAGCAGAAUACAGGUCCAUCAGGAAAGUAGUUGGGGAUCUGGUGUGGUUACAAAGGUUACUUGAGGAACUCACAAUCCCAUUCUUCAGCCCUAUUACAGUAUUUUGCAAUAGUCAAUCAUCACUUCACAUAGCAAGGAACCCAGUAUUCCAAGAACGAACAAAGCACAUUGAGGUCGACUGCUAUUUUAUUUGA